AUACUAUCCCAUUUAACUUACAAUGUCUCAGUUACUUCAACUUCUUUCCAAUCCAUCAUAUAUUCCGGGUUCUAAUGUCUUUCCAAAUAUACAGGGAGCAUUAGAAGCUUUAGAAGAUCAGUCUGCAGGCCCCAACAAUAAUAGCAACAACAGCAACGGCAACAAUGUCAAUAAUGACAACAAUGUCAACAAUGGCAAUAAUGUCAAUAAUGGCAACAAUAUUAACAAUAUUAACAAUGUCAACAAUAAUAACAAUAUCAAUAAUGGCAACAAUGUCAAUAAUGGCAAUAAUGUCAACAAUAAUUCUAGCCCCAGUCCCGGUAACGGUUCCGUCAAUUUGAAGUCCGCUACAAUCACUUUAGUUCGUCAUGCAGAAGGUCUGCAUAAUGCCACUGAAGGUGGGAGAUUAAUUCCCGAUCCGUACUUGACUUCUGUAGGCCUUACCCAGUGCGCUCAAAUACAACGACUAGUUCCUCAGGAUAUAGACAUACUCAUCGCUUCGCCUAUGAAGCGCACCAUACAGACAACUAUAUUUUGCUUUAGUCCAGCUCUCCAGGACGGGUCUAAGAGCAUCAUUCUAAUACCUGAUCUCCAAGAAGUAGGCAAUAAUCCAUGUAAUAUUGGAUCGGAGCCCCGAACCAUUAUCCAAGAAUUUGGGGAUUUUGUAGAUGCUGCUCGUGUUCCUGAUGACUGGUACGACAACGCUCGAGGCAACUCAGCUAAGCCAGACGAUCUCCUGGCUCGUGCUACCGAUGCCAAAGAAAGCAUUAGAAACAUUAUUACCGAAUAUAGCCGGGCCCACCAAAACCCCCAGAAAAUCAACGUGGUCGUCGUUACCCAUGGUAGCUUCAUAAGAUAUCUAAUUGAUGAAUACGCAACACCUCAGAGAACCCAGGGGGCCAUGUUUCCCAAUACAGGCAAUAGAACAUAUCGAUUCGCGGAUACUAAGCCGUUGAGACUGGUAGAAACAGAGGAAAGUAAAGCCGCUAGGGGCAAUGUCCAGGGUGCCUCCCAACAAGAAAACGCGCGAACACAGAUUCUUCAGAACAGUUUUGUGAGAAGACAACAAGAUGCUCUCGCAUCCAACUCAACAAUCUUCGAUCAUUAA